AUGGCGGAUAACGUUGGUCAAGUGCUUGUAGUUAGCUGUAGUUCAUUUCUCUCCUCUGAAGAUAUUAUUCGUGGUAAGAGAUCGAACUUUCGAUCAAAUAUGAAAAAUUUUAUCUUUUCAGUAAAAUAGUUAGAAAUGUGUUCAUUACAUGUACGUUUUCUCUCAAUUAUUUUCAUUCUCAACUCUAUGAUAUCUCAUUCCUCCUUCGACAGAAAUGUGCAAGACAGAAUUUUCAUCUCCAAAAGAGCUUUCAAAUGGCAGUUUGAUUGCGUACCAAUGGAAAAUAGAAAAUAAGUAUUAUACAGCAGAUGUGCAACUUUGUGCUUCUUCUGUGAGCUCUCUUCCUCCUCAAUGUGAGUUUGCUGCUAACAUGAACUUCCAGAGUGUCAUUAUCGCGUUCGAUCUUAGUGAGGUAAGUCAGAAACGCAGCGUCUGAUGACAUUUGCGCUUUAAUUUUUAUUUUAUAGGCAAACUAUAGCUCAGGAUUUGUAUAGUUGAUUUCCCAAUAGUUCUAGCUUUGAAAUUUAGCUUGUUAGGACAAUGGUAACCCUCUAAUUUCAGUAAUUAAUCAGCCAUGGCAAUAUGUAGACAUGUUAGCUUUGCAUGCUCUUUUUAAUGGCAAAGAAAAGAAUUAAUUAUGUUUCUAACCUACAUGUACAAUGUACCUCUCUUUACGAAUUGGGAUAACUUAUGAAUGAGUUUUCUUGUACUAUUUAUUUCCACAGUAAUGAAAUACAAAUGAACAAACUUAAGUGCAUAUCAUUAUAAUCUUUCAGAAAUCAAGUUUUCACAAUGUGAAAUCAUGGCUUUCGUAUGUUGAGACACAGGACCCAUCUGUACUGUUACUACUUGACUCUGGUAAAGGAAACAGCAGUAAAGGUACAUGUACAGUAUUAUUUCAGUAGUUUAAUCAUCAUCUACAUUUUUUUUCUUUUCUUUCCUUGCCAGUGCAAUUUAUAGAAAUUAAUUUCUUUCAAUUUGGAUCCAAAGGCUGAAAACCUCAACUAACAUAGUAAAUUCAUAUGUACAAAGCAGAUCUCUUAGUUCAUGUGGAGAACAACUUGUUACAGCUGUAUCUAUAAUGUCUAUGUAAAAUUAAUCUUUUUUUUACCUUUGAAAUCAGAGCUGCUCCUACCACUCUGAUCAGCCUUUUUUAUGUUUGAAUUUUUAGAAAGUGCUAAAUCAGAGGUAGUUAAGUGGUGUUUGAAUAACUCAUUUGAAUUUAUUGAAAUGAAUUCUGAAGAAGAAGAAACCGAAGAAGAAGAAGGUAAUGUGAAUGUAUCUUUUCCAUAAUAAGCCAGAUAUUUUUUAAAGGUAAUUCGGUUUCAUCACCAUGUUGAUAAUGUAAUUUGGCCAAAGGAACGAGUUUGUAUUAAGCUGCUGUUUCAAGCAUUAGUUCUUCAUCGUUUGCUGUAAUGAAGGACCAAUGCCUAAAACAUCAGUGUAAGAAAUCUCCACCAUGGCCAAUUUACAUCAUUAGCUCAGUUGAUAAACACCAAAUUAUCUUGUAAUACCCCUCUCCCCCCACUCCCCCCACCACACAGCACAAAAUUGACAAUUGGAUGGCCGAGGUGCAAUCUUUUUUCUUUUUGAAAAAAGAAACAGUUUGGCAUUUUGGCAUUUUGAUUUGAGUUACAAAUAUUUUGAGUACAUUUUAUAAUAUGACCUUCAUGCUAGAGAAACUAACAAUUAUAUUGAUUGACUGUAGAUGACUUUCAAGAGAAGACUGGGAUUGAUAGAGUUGUUGAGGCUCUUCAAUGUGCAGAAUGGCCAAACAUGAAAAUGCGAGGUAGAGUACUGUGGUAUCUUUAAGAACAUGUGAUAGUCUUAUAUUUUGUAAAUAAUUGAUUCAGUCCUUCAUGGUUGCCACCACAAAUAUUCAGAGAAAAAGAGAAUUCUUCAAUAUCAGGGGAAAGUCAGGAAGUCAGCAUAUUUACAUUGUAUAUCUCUUUGAAAAUCUGACAUCUUUGUUGGUAUGAAGAAUUGUGGUCUUUUUUUCACAAUUAUACACUUAGGAAAAUUUAAACCGUAGUCAAAGCUAGACUCCAUAGUAGCUAAUAAAAGUGCUCUACAAUUUAUGUGCAAAAACUAAGAUGUUCUCAGCAGUUCUAAAUUACUAUAGCGUUUAACCCUUUAAAUGCUGAUAGUGAUCAGCAUGUAAGUUCCCCUUACAAUACUGCUGAAUCAUUUACUAAGACCACAAGAAUAAAGGAAAUGAUCACCAACCAAAUAAGUUUAAUUUUAAACAAAUUAUCCUGAUCAAUACCAAAGGGAAUGUACAGAGAGGAGUAUGGAGGAUGUGGAUACUGAUGUUAGGUUGUAGAGGGUUAAAUGACUCCUGGACCAUUCUGUUUUUCCAUUUUAUUAAUUAUAAAAACUAGAAUUCAGCAAAUUAUUACCUUGCAAUUGAAUUUACCAUAUUUAAGCCUGGACACAAUACCUAGCCUCCAAUCCUGCCCAUUUAGUCAACAUUUAAUUGAUGAAACUGUGGAAGUUAAAGUUAAUUUAUUCCACAACAGAAUCAUAUUAAAGAUAAUCUGCUUCACUGCAUAAAUCUACAAAGACAAUAAUUUUAAAAUCAUUAGCCAUGAUGACUGAAAAAUACAAAUCAUUCACAAUGGGUGUCAAAAAAAGCUAAAAUACAAACAUAGAUUUGUGUUUUUAUAAGACCUUGUACCUAAUAGAUGUAAAAUCCCUGGUCGAUAUGAAUGAUCACAUCAGGUGGCACACGUCAAAGGAAACUGGACACAUCUCCCAGUGUUGUCCGGAAGCGCCGGCGGCCGGCGUUUUCGCCGGCUACUUUUGUCAGACAAAACAACAGAAAAUGAUUCUCUUUUCUUAUGUAAGACACUUUCGAGCGUAGCUUGAAUUUGCGCUUAGAAAACAGUAAGCGAACAUGUUAUUAUUUCUGAACGAAACGAUAAAUAUCUAUGUAGUGUUAUAGACAGAUAAGAACGUAAAAUGUUCUUGUAGUUACUCAAAGACAGAGAUGUAGCAUUGUUAAAAGUGCAUUGGCCGAAAGCUGUCAAUUGUAGACUGUUUAGUUGAGAAGGAAUCGUUUUAAUAUCUGCCAUCAAGUGUUACAUCAACUGGCUUGUUAUUGCAAACUUCCGUCCUAUUAGUUUAAACACUCAAACGAGGCUACUACUAUUUUCCUUUUAAUAAGGAAAAUUUCCUUAUUAAAAAAACAACAAAACAAAAAAAAAACAAAUUAAACACAGACAAACAAGAUAGACAAAAGAAAAAAAAACGAACAAACAACGUAAGUGAGUUCAACUGUUCAAAGUUUCUGGAGCGUAGAAAGCUUCGACGCUGGUUACAUCCCAGUAACAUAAUCCCUUAAAUAAGCUGGCUUCUUAACAACUCUGCCUUAUCGCGUUGUUGGGCCUUGCAAGGUAACCCACUAGGCUGAACAAGUGGCUCCGGUUGUCGAGAUGCCAUCGCAUGCCCAUUGGUUGCAUCCACUCGACCACUGGGUACUUACUGGCCGUGUAACCCAGGUGAAUCACAAGAAAAGUUCGUAACAGAUUUAAAGCUGUUGGCGACGGCCUGUUUAGUUGAGAAGGAAUCGUUUUGAUAUCUGCCGUCAAGUGUUACAUCAACUGGCUUGUUAUUACAAACAUCCGUCCGUUUAGUUUAAACACUUAAACGAGGCUACUACGAACUAGUAUCUAUUGUUACAUAGACUACAACUUUUGCCGCGAUUCUGUUCCGAUUCUGUACGCGUAUUUCGUAAAUUCCAUCUUGCGAGAGUACGUGGAGCGAACAACUUGGCGUACCCAGCGAGAAAGUUCUCUGCAAUCAGAAAUGUCAAAGCAAAAAUCAGUGCAAAAUCAAAACGAUGGAAAGAGGGCAAGAGGAAGAAUAACAAGCUUCUUUGUUUCGAAAGAACGCAUAGAAAUCGGUAAUUUUAUAUUUACAUUCAUUACCGUGGGCUUGCCGACCGAUCAGCCGUUCAAUCGCGCGAUGUUAUAUUUGCUGGUUUGUUCAAGAUAGCUUCAUCCCGGGGUGAUUCUCAAGUCUAUGACGACUCUAAUAGCUUUCAGAAGCUAACAUUCUCAUAAAGAGAAGGUAGAUUUCAUAAGGUCGCAUUUCACUGCUAGUUGCUAAAGGAGCUAUUUUGAAAUUCGGACCCAGUUUCUUCGCAUCUGUUUCUGCAUAGUUAUCUUGGAAUGAAAUAAAUAGGCAUAAAAAAUAAUUUAAAAAAAAGACUUCAAUUUUGUAAAUUUUGAGAAGUCGCCUCAAGAAUGACACGAUGGCCAGUUUCUAACGCAUCUCACUCAGUGGUCCUUCACACCAGUCUGAAGAAUGCAAGGUAAUGCUGACAGAAGUAACCAAAGUCUGGAGAAAGACAAACUUCAGAAAUCUCACAUCACUCAAGAAGCUGCCAAGGAUUGAAGGAUCAGAUCAUGAAGGCAGUCUGUACCAUCCAGCUGCAAAGAUUGACAUUGGUAUUCAAGUCGAUUUUGCAAGUGACCUUCAGGCCCCUGAAGCACAGGACAACAGUGAAUAUCUGCAGUAUCUGAACUUGAUCAUCAUGUCCAGGUUGAAGCCCAGCCAGUUCCCAGUGAUGCAUGCCCCUGGACCCCCCCUAGUCGGACGCUCGAUUGCAAGCGUUGGCUACUUUACAUUUUUUGCUGACUUCUUCAAAAUCUGUGUAGAACACUGCAUCUCCAGUUUGUACUACUAAGCUUAUACAGAACCCAGAUCAAAACAUAUGAUAAAAAAAAUCAACCUAAGGUCUUUCCCAAGCCCGAUGUGCAGAGGUUGCAUAAAAUUUAUUUUUUAGUUUAACAUCCUUUUCUAAAAGGCAGCUAGUUAUAUAUUAAACACUUUUUUGAAACAUGUUCUUAUCAAAGCACUAGGUGAUAACUUUUAAAGUGUUUGGAUAGUUCAUUCAAGUUAAAAUGAUUUAAUUUCUAGGAAAGCGUUACCUGUAAAGUUCUAGAGUAUUUUGGAACGUUUGCUUGUUCACUUACAUUAAGCUUAGUCAUGUUGACACUAAUUUUACUUUACCAUGAGCGACAAAGGAAACAGAACAGUGUGAAGCACAAUUCCAGCAUGUGUGUCGAACACUGUGAUGGUCUUUAACCAGCUACUGAUACCGAUUCAUUUUUGAUGGGUGACAAAGGAGACAACCAUUCCCGCUGCCUAAGCAGAUGAUGGUCUUUAAUUAGCCACUGUUACUAAUUUUUUUUUUGGUAAGUGAAAAGUAAACAGUACAGUGUGUGUGGAACCAUUCCCACAGCCUAUGCACAUGAUGGUCUUUCAUGAGCUAGCAACUGCGGUGUUCUUCAUUACAUGAUAAGGCAGUCAACUUUCGACAAAGCAUCAGUAAAACCAGCGAUACCCGGCGUCGGGGACUGUUUCAGCAUAAGGCCCCGCUGGAGGAUAAAGGACUAUUAAUUUCCCGGCCGCAGGACUAACUUUGCCAUACCACAAAGGACUGUCCUCACAAAAGGUUCUUGUUCUUCUAGCUGAUUAAAGACCAUCAUAUGCAUAGGCUGCGGGAAUGUACAUACACUGUACUUUUUACUUUUCACAUACCAAAAAUAAAUUAGUAUCAGUGGCUAAUUAAAGCCCAUCAUAAGCUUGGGCAGCGGAAAUGGUUGUCUCCUUUGUCACCCAUCCAAAUUUAGAUGAUUGCAACAAAAAGAAAUCAGAAGUAAGUGUAAUUCGAUUUAAGUUGUACUGAUCAAUAUGUAAUGUGGACCCACUGCGCAACACGAUUUACAUUCAGAAGCAAAUCUUUUAGAAGAACUCACUUGCCCGCUCAUCAAGAAGGCAAACUUUUCAAUUUUUUUUUCUUUAAUUUUCUGUAGAGAAUCCACGGAGUCAUAAAGGUUCCGAAGGAACGCAACAAGCGAAGGCUGUGCUCAGCGAUGACGAAAAACUAAGCAGCAACCAAGCUGCAGCAGCCGAGCGGCCACCAGGUUUGCAAAAAAAGUUUGCUUGUGUACUUACUGAUCCCAGUACAUUAAAAUGAAAGCUCCCGAUAAGAAUACAAUCGAGCUACGAAAAGUAGCAUUCUAAACGCCUGGCAAAGCCACGGAAAACGUCAAUGAAAAAACAAUUUUAUGUAAUACUUUAUAUUCCUUGAGAAUUUUGUGAAUGACAGAUUGCGUUUUCCUCCCGUGACUAUGCAAGAAUUCAUGUUUAGAGGAACAUGUGAAGAUAGUGUUGUGCGCCAAACAGAUACUUGUCUGAUAUGCUGUUGGUGAUUACAUUCUCAUACCAUGCAAACUUUGGUGAUUCAUGUCGGUUGUUGAUUUGCACAGUACAGCUUGGAAAAUGAAUAAGACUUAAAACGCACAUGUAGCGCUGUUAAGAAAGGAAAGGUUCCUAAAACCUCAUGAUUUCGUACACAACAAAGCUCAUCAUUGCCAACAGCGUUACGAGAAAUACGAUGAACCAAAAAUGGUCACUAAAGAAAAUGUCCUUGUCCCAAAGAUUUCUCAAGAGAUUGUCCCUAAACUGGUGCCGCAUGAAAGGGUUUGUCUAAUUCCUUACGCCAGUGAAGUAACUCAGAUGAAAAUUUCUAUUUCUCCAGUCUUCCCUCUGCCAACUGAUGAUCUCGAAUUGCUUAGCAGCCUCGCCAGUGAUGGAAACGACAAUGAAUCCUUUGAGGAAUUAUUUCAAAAACUGGCGGUCAUGAAAGGUAGGAAAAUUUAAAAACUUUUGUAAUAUUAAAGUAAGUUCCACCAGACUUGGUAAACCACUUCAAUUUUAAAUCUUCUUUACAGAACGUGCAUCGUCUCUUCCAGCUACCGAAAGAAAGGAUUACGCAGAGAAGGUAAGUUGCGAAUUUUGCAAUCUGCUGUCUUGUCUUUUGUAAAUAUACACUACAGUCUUGUUUCUAAAUAUCUUAACACUUUGACCCCUUACAGUGUUUAGUGAAGCUCUUGAUUGUUGAACUAAUUCUCCUUGUCAUCAACUUAGAAAAUGUAGAAAAAACAGUAUGUAGAUUAUGCAUAUUGGCUAUUGAUUUCUCUAUUUUGUGGUUUCAGGUGGCCAUUGCUUUUUGGCGCGCCUUGGGCGGAAGUGAAGAAGAAAUUGCUGGGUUAGGCGAGAACGACGGCGACAAUAGCGAAGAUGGAGAGAAGUAGAUAUAGAGAACGUCGCUCCGGCGAAAACUGGAAAAUAUAAAUAACAUUUCUUGGUGGGACUUGAUACAGUGGCCCAUGUUUUUCAUUGAUGCAUGGGCGUCAAGUACAGACCUGUCAGACAUCAUGUUUAUCGUCAUCAGUGACGGAGAAGCUCCGAGUUUUUAACGGCUUUUUCGGUGAACAUACUGUUUUUGAUGUCCAAACAAGAUGACGUUUGGACUGACAGUGUAACUUAAUCAAAAAACUUGCAAUUUAUUUGGCAUGUAAUAUAAAAUGUUCAUAAACUUAGAAAGUGGACAACAACCACAUUUGCACUGCCCUCUAAGAUAAGAAAAAUAAGUGCAAAACCUUAAGAAACAAAACUCUGCGAUGUAAGGAAUAGAGAAUGUAUUGACUGAGAAGAGGCCUCUCAUGACUAACUCCUCGUACCAGCCACUUUGCGGAUCAUCUCGAUAUAGUGGCAGUUCACAAUUAAGCAUCUUUGUUUAUGCUUUACCUA